AUGGCCGCUCUCGUAACAUCAGUUCUUCUCCCACAAAAACCAUCGCCAUGGUCAAUCGUUGGACUAUUCAAGAUUUCAACCUUUCAGAAGCGCGUAACACCCCUGGGAUUUUCUACGGUCCUCGGUGCUGGACUGCUCCAAAACCUCCUCGACCUCUUUCCGCCUUUCCUCCUCGCUGUUCCUAAGAAGAAAGUUUCUCAUUCACGGAAGGCGAUGCGCUCUGCAAAUAAAGGACUAAAGGACAAACACAACAUUGUCAACUGCCCUGCCUGUGGAUCCGCCAAGCUUGCACAUCACAUCUGCCAACGAUGCUUGGGCGAAUUGAAUAGAGCAUGGAAGACGCAACAAAAAGCAGGGCAGGGGAUAUUUGCAGGGGCCCACUAG